AUGUCGAAGGAAUUCACUUUACAGCAAGGUGUCGGACAAGGAAGGGUACUGUCGUCGAGGUAUUUCCUUCUGAUGAUUGACGAAUUGAUAGAAAUGCUGGAUAAAAGUGCGACUGGAGCAUGUGUGUGUGACCUUUACAUUCCAAGUGUUAUUCUGGCUGACGACACUUCCCUUAUAUCCAACACUCCCAGUGGUCUCCAGAAGCAACUGGAUAAUAGUGAAUCUUUUCAACAUGAGAAAAUUGUAAAGUUAGUUUCAAAACUGCUGGCUACCGGAAGUUCAGUCAAUGCAAAAAAUGUUGCAGAAAUAACGCCAUUACUGGCAGCAUUAAAUGUGAUGCCAUGCAAAAGUUACCCACACAUAAAAGAUGAGGUAAUAAAAAUCCUUCUUGACAAUGGGGCUGAUAUCAACGUUUGGUUUAAAAAGGAAAACAAAUCCGCACUUUGUCAUUCCAUCGAAAGUGAAGAAGUAGAAACGACGAAAUUAUUGGUUGAAGCUGGAUACGACGUGAAUACAAAGGAAGCAGAUGGAGAACUACCAAUCUUCUGCUGUUUACCAUUAGAUACAACUGCUAGGAGAGAAUUGUUUUGUUUCUUGUUGGAGUCUGGAACCAAUCCAAAUGCAGAGGAUAACAAAGGAAUAUGUCUUUUGGAUCAUGUUUUCUCACUGUUAUUUUCUAUGAGCUCUUAUUACAUUCAGUUCAAUGAUUUAAUGCAAGAUCCUAGAGCUGUUGAAUUAAAAGAAAUGUUUUGUUCUUUGCUUAACAAAAAUGCCAAUCCUAAUACAGCACGGGAAGGAGAAGAUUCACUUCUAAUCAGGGCCAUUAGAUGUGGAAGUACUGAUAUAGUUCUCUUGCUGGUCCAAGCCGGUGCUAACAUUGCUCACCGAGGGGAAAAUAAGAUCACAGCAGUGGAUUGGUGUUGCCAUUUAAGUGAAUAUACGAGGUGGUAUCCGUACACAGGUGUUAUAAUGACUGAAUCAGGAUUGAAGAUAAUGGACAUCUUGAUAGAGAACGAUAUGCCCCUUGAUAUUCCAAAUUUUGAUGGCAAAUAUCCUCUAGAUCUUGUAAUGAGUUUUAAUAACACAGACGUACAAAUCGAGGAAAUGCUGUUAAGGGGUGCAGAUCCGAAUAAAUUUGACGAAAGAGAGGAAUCGCUUCUAAUAAGAUCAGUAUAUAGAAGUCCUUCAGUAACACUGGCUUUACUGAAAGCCGGUGCAGAAACAAAAAUGAAAGCAAUGGAUGGAAGAAGUGUAUAUGAUUUAUUCAUUGAGAGAGUAUUUUAUGACGAUCGACUCUCCUGUCUCGAUAAGGAAUGUGCAGUGGAAAUUCAAAUGAGAACACAAACAAUCCAGGAAGAAGUAUUCAUUGAAAUCAUUGAUUGGCGCUUGAUGCAAGUACAAUCAAUUUUGGACCAGUUACAGUCCGAACCAAUUACAACAGAAACUGAGAGAUCAUUGAUUCUAAGAUUCGAAGACAGUUAUUCUUGUUGGAGAGUAGUGCGUCGAAUUGAAAAUUCUCUAAUCAUUUCCGAAAAAGGCAGACUGCAGAUCAAUGGAAACCACAGUCAGAAUGUUUGGUUCACGAUACAAAAAAAGUUAGACAGUCGAAG